AUGAGCGAUAGAAGCAUGUCAAACCCAACAACGCCACGACGUGCGCGUACGUCAUCAGACUACGUUGAAUCCACACCCAUUGAACAAACGCGACGUCAUUCAUUCAACCCAACAAACCUAAGGUUACCAACUCAUGAAAUGCCACAAUUGCCAACUAGAUAUUCAAGCGAGUUCAGACCACGAUCACGACCAAGAAGUAACAGAUCAACCCCAAAUAGACAAUCAUUGACCCCAGUGAGGCGGAGAUCACUAACUCCUAGGAGAACAAGUUUGAUAAAUUCCAGAAACAGAAGAAGUUCCAUUGUGGUUAUUGAUGGCGGUGAAAAAGUAUUUAUGGGGGAUUACAGAGGCCCUAUAUCAAAUGAAUUCUUGUUGUAUUUCUGUAAAGUUGAUCAGAAACGCAAACGUCAGCAGGAAGAGAUUCAGCAAAGGCGUGAAGUUGAUGAACCAAGGAGAGUUCCCCAAGAUCCAUUCAGGGUAGAGCAAGGUGAGUUGGUGCGACUCUCUGUAUAUGAACCAAAACAAGAACAAAUACAGGAACCGCAACUGGAGCAACAUCCUAUACACGAACAAGAGCAUAUAUUUGCUAACAAUAAUAUCGCUAGUACAACUCCAAUAAGACGAUUUAGUAGAGCGCCUACGCUGUCACCAGCAGAAUUUGAUCAAAGUUUACCAUUACCUCAACAAGAUCAUUUAUUAUCACCAGCAGUAGUUACCAAAAUUGCAUCGACUCCUCAAAAGUCGAAGCCAAAUCCAAAACCAUUAUCAUAUUUGCAAAAGAUCUUACUUGCCAAGAGUAAACAAGCACCUCCUACAGAGUUGAAAUCACCUUUAGAAACCAGAAUUGAGCACGACAUACCUGUCCAUGAAGAUAUCAUACAGCGGGAAUCGCCUAUAAUACCAGAUAGAACUAGCUUUACUAUACGGCAAAGUCUUGUUCCUGGGGUAAAUCUUUUGGAGUCUGAAUUUAUACCCACUACUCCAGCAAAGGAAGUCCCAUUUGAAAUUCAUGUAGAUGAACCAAUGCACCAUAGACCAAUGACAGAACAACAACCUCAGCCACCUGCUUUUGAAGAUACGUCUCAAGAAGAUAAGGAAAACCACCAAGCUGAAGCAGUUGAAAAUAUUCAAUUGCCAACUAACGAUAUGGACCAGGAACAAGGCUUUGAUUUUGCAAUAAUGGAUGAUGACCAGGAACCAAUUGAAACAGAACAGGAUAUUACAUCCGAUCAUGAUCUUCCAACCGCUGAAGAAUCUCAAAUCACACCUCCACCAAGAGAGGAAACUCCACCUGUUCCAGGAAGCUAUUUUGAUACCGUAACUCCACCACGGACUAGAUCUGGUUCCAGUUCCCCUGCAGAAUUCAUUCACCAUGAGUAUUCUCUUGAUCAUCACGAUGAAAGUAUUUUUGAUGAAGAAUUAGCUCUGCCUUCAAAUGUUCCAACUACCCUUGGAGAUGUCCCAACUGUUCCAAGAAAACAAUUACCUUCUAUGAGAGCGCCUUCUAAGCCGAGAAAGAAGCUGGAAAUUAUUCCUAGUUCAGUCAAUUAUUCCGAUAUGGCACAUAUUGUAAAGACAAUUCAAGCACAACAUGUCAAUGGCGGCAAAAGAAGAAAGAGGAAUCCAAGUUCAGAAAUUAUUAAUAGUAUCCGUGAGAAAGCUGAUUCUUUCCUUGAUAGUUUGAUGACCGACUUACAAGCCUACGCUGAGCAUAGAAGUGAUUAUGAAAAUGUAGAGAUUAAUAUGAGUGAUGUUUUGUUAUAUUUACGAAGGGUAAAUUUAACGGGAGAAUCAGAAUUGGAUAUUAUUUCAACUUUGGCUCAAAAGUUCUUACCCCUCGAAUCAUUAAUCUCAUUAGAUAAUGAUUUAUACAACUAUUUACAAUAG